GCGGUGGGAGGGGCGGGAGGCGGCGUUGCCGGCGGUGCGGGGGGCGGCCGGGCAGCGCCGGCCCCGGGGAGCCGCGCCGGGAGCAGCGAGCGGCGGGGCCGGGCCCCUCUGAGUCGGUCUGGUCCCUCAUUCAACUGCAGGAAUCCAUCGGUUGAAGUUAUGCGCUUGACCUGGAAGAAGCACCCAGCUGGCACCUUGGGGACCCUGUGAACUGGAACGGGAGAGGAGGUCAGUAGCUUACUCCGACUUUGAGAGCUUUCCCCUUGCGUGGUCCGACACGCGUCCCCGGCGCGGGGUGCAUCAGCACAGCUUAUCGGGAGAGAUUGUCAUAACAUCGCUGCCAGCGGCUGGCUCUCGCCUGCGAUUGCAACCUGGGUUUCCACUUGGCUGAUCCCCAGAAAUCCUUUCCCCCCCCCUCUUUCUUCUGAAUCGCUCUCCCGAGCGGUGGCGGUGCACAGCUCUGCCCUGGGAGGGGGCCGGGGGCCGGUGCAGGCCGGGGACCCGAGGCUGUACCCCCCGAGCCAGUUCUGGAGCCGGCCGAUAACACCUCCAAAGGGAUCCCUCUCCUUCCAAGGGUGCCCGGGAGCAGGCUCCAACCCUCGCCCGCCGGCAGGUGGAAUGGGGCAGCCAUGAACGGUGAUGCCCUGUGCCAGGAGCCCUCCUCCCCGCUCCCCGACUGGAGGGAGUUCUGCGAGCUGCACGCCCAGGCGGCCGCCGUCGACUUCGCCCAGAAGUUCUGCCAGUUCCUGAAGGAGAACCCCCACUACGACACCCCCGGGGCAGAGACCUCCUUCUCCCACCAUUUCGCCGCCAACUUCUUGGACAUCUUCAGCCUGGAGGUCAGCCGGGUGUUCGUGUCCGACUCCCCCACCAAGUACAACAUCGUGCCCUUCGUGGGGCUGCAGAACUGCCACGUCCCCUACGGACGCGAGGUCACCCCGAGGAAGGAGGAGACGUCCACUGAGUCCCUGGACAGCAUGGACACCCCGUUGGGCACCACCGGACGGUACCUGAGCCCGGCGCAGCAGGUGCAGGCACGCAAGGUGUCCUCCUACGGCCAGUCCCGCAGCUCGGAGGACGUCUCCAUCCACGCUGCCACCAAGCCCAAGUUCAAGAAAGGCUUCUCCUUGAGGAACAUGAGCUUGUGCGUGGUGGACGGUAUGAAGGAGAUGUGGCAUCGCAAGUCCUCUCCGGAGCCGGGCGCCGAGGCUGCCCCAGGUGGCCGGAGAGCCGAGAGAGAGCCAUGGCCGGCUGGGGGGGGCAAGGAGCCCGGUGACCCACGGGAAAAAUGGACCCACAAGCUGCGCCUGUCCAAGGUGCCCUCCUCCAAGGUGGAGCUGGUGGACAUCCAGAGGGAGGGGACGCUGCGCUACAUGGUGGCCGACGACACGAACUGUGUGGGGAGCUCGCAGUGGCAGAAGUGCCGCCUCCUGCUCCGGAAAGCGGUGAAGGUGGAAGGAGAGAGGUUCCUCCUCGAGUUUUACGUCCCUCCGAAGGCUUCCAAACCCAAGGUGAGCAUCCCGCUCUCGGCCAUCAUCGAGGUGCGCACCACCAUGCCGUUGGAGAUGCCCGACAAAGACAACACCUUCGUCCUAAAGGUGGAGAACGGGGCCGAGUACAUCCUGGAGACCAUCGACUCCCUGCAGAAGCACUCCUGGGUGGCGGAUAUCCAGGACUGCAUCGACCCCGGGGACAGCGGGGACGACAUCGAGCUGGCGUCCUGCGCGCAGGGAGCCUGUCUGCCGGGCAGGGUGUCCUCCUGCAGCUGCGAGUUCCUGGCUGACGAUGUGCCCAGGCCACCGGACAGAUGUGCCCUGCCCGGCACUCACAACACAGCCACUGCUGUCCCCACACCCCACGGCCGGGGCAGGGACUCCCUGGGGGAGCUCCUCACCCACGUCCCGCUGGAGAGCUUCCUGCAGACGCUGGAGUCUUCCCCCACUGCCGGCGGACAUCUCGCAGGGGAGGACAGCGAGGCGGAGGCGGAGAUCAACCUCUCCGACUUCCCCUGGUUCCACGGGACUCUCUCGCGGAUCAAGGCGGCUCAGCUGGUGCUCUUCGGGGGUGCCCGGAGCCACGGCUUGUUCGUCAUCCGGCAGAGCGAAACGCGGCCGGGGGAGUAUGUCCUGACCUUCAACUUCCAGGGGAAAGCAAAGCACCUCCGCCUGUCGCUGAACGAGAGCGGGCAGUGCCACGUCCAGCACCUCUGGUUCCAGACCAUCUUCGACAUGCUGCGCCACUUCCACACGCACCCCAUCCCUCUUGAGUCGGGCGGCGCGGCGGACAUCACCCUCCGGAGCUACGUGGUGGCCCAGAGCCCACUGCCCGACACCGGCCCCCCGCCAGCUCUCGCAUCACAGCCACCGGGCUGCCGGGUCGACCUGCCGCCUCCGCACUACUUCUGCAGCACAGCACCCACUGGCCUGCCGGCCCCACCACCCACCGAGGGGGUGGCCGUGGCCCCCGCUGUCACCGUCCCCGCACCCUACCACCGCCUGGAGGGUGCCCUGGGCCCCCGGAGCCGCAGCGACAGCGUCGAGCGCCGGUCAGAUCCUCCCGCCACCAGUGCCGAGGACUACCACGAGGCUGACGGUGCCCGGAGCCGGACCCGGGCGGUGGAAAACCAAUACUCCUUCUACUGAGCCCCCCAUGCCCGGGGGCUGGGAUGGUUGGGGGAUGCGGGGCACCCAUGCCCCUCACUGCUGCACCAGCCUCGCCACCUCCUCCUGCCACCACCAGCAUCCCAGACGGGAUGUCCCUCUCGCUCCCUGCCACUUUUGGGAGCCGUGUGAGCAGCAGGCGAUGUCCCAGCUGGACCCGGCGCCAGCCCUGAGGUUGGGGCAGCGCUGGGGGUUUGGGAGGCUGAAAGCAUCAGUGCCAUUUUGGAGCUUGCAGCCUCUUCCCUUUCCCUUCGGACCAAGAGCUCUCCCGGGGCCGAGCCGGGCUCCCUGCAUCUCCUCCCCGGGGAUGUCCCUCCUGGGAUGGCAGCACGAAGCUGUGACAGGCUCCUUCCUCCAGCCAAAGCACCUCGGCAUGUUCCUUCUGGGGUGAGAGCCAAGCGCGGCCAACAUCCAUUCUGCCACCAUCGCCCCGCAGACCAGCUGCCAAGGGGCUCUGGCGUUUCAGGAUGACCGUGGAAGUGGCAGAUCCCCACGCGGAGGCUUUUCUCGCACACACGGAUCCGUGUGCCCGAGAGGCGUGAGGGUUUAUCCAGGCUGGCUUCCAGGCUCACGCAUUUCCCACCCUCUGACAGAAGGUUUUUUUCCAAAGCUUAGAGAAUCACAUUCAAGGAAGGUUUUUCCUGCUGUCCUGUCAUUUCUGUUCCUUUGUCCUUUCCCUCCUUGCUGUACUGACGGAGAGUCCCUGGAUAACCCCUUUCUUGCUCCCUCUCUUCCUUGCUUUUUCGAAAUUCUCCGCAAGGGCAUCGGCUCAGCCUCCUGCCUUCUCUCUACUGCGGCUAGGCAAUAUUUUCCAUUGCUUAAGGCAAACCUUGAAAAAUAUGACAACGCCCCCGCUUUGCCUCAGUUGUUCAUCAUUCGGGAUGUCUCGGGGGGGUCAGACAGAGGCCGGGGGCUGUGUCCGGAGGUGAGGGACAGCCUCACCCUGCAGGUGCUCGGCUGGGCUCCCGGGAGUGAAAACACUACACGUCCUCAGUAGAUGCUAUUGAAGAUUGAUCAUUUGGUUUUUUUUCUUAGAGAAAUAGAAAUGCCCAGGAAGAGCAAAAGGUACGGGGCUGCUGCCAGGUGGGUGAACAGGCAGCCGACACGGCGGGGCCAGGCCAGGCUGGCUGCAGUGACAGGCAGGAUUGCCCUCGCCGGUGGCUUGAAGUCCCUCCCUGGCAGAUGUAAAACCCUGCCAGCGAUGGCUGUAGCAGCAGUGUUGCCGGGAAGGACGAGGGACCGCAGCGGUCACCGCUUCUUGGUGGCUUUCUGAUAGACCAGUGCAGCCACAUGCAUCUAUAGCAGAAAAAGGUCUCCCGAUAGAGGCGAGCCCUGGAAGAGAGCGUAGAGCAGAAACCCGCUGUGGGCAGGUACGCGCUACGUUGUCGAUGCUUUUCCUACUGGUCACUGAAGCCUGUAGGGUGGUUUUACAGGCUGCUUACUGGGAUUGUCUGCCUCCUGUGGGGUGGGAGACCCUCCGAAAGGGCAGCUUUGCAUGCAGACAAAGCGCUUGCACGUCCCUCUUGGUUUGCCUCACACAGCUUGUCUUCCCCAUCACCAGGACUCCUGGCGCCUCGGGUGGCUGCCAGGCCUGGGUGACAGUGCUAGCAGGACCUGAGCGGGGUGGCUUUGAAGUGUCUGGCUAGGUCUUCAGGUAGAGCAGACCCCACUGUACCCAGCUAGAAGUUACCACUUAGUGCAAAGAGAGGUACGAGCCGAGCCACAACCUAGCUCAAAACCUCUUGAAUUUGCCUGGAGUUUUGGGUUGGGUCAAAUUUAUUUUUUUUUUUAGGUGCCUUCUUUCCUGAGCUAGCAAAGCACGUCCCCAGCGCUGGAGUCGCUUGUCUCUCCCACUUCAAGAAGGCAGGGAAGGUGUCUCCAGGGCUCCAUGCUGCCUCCUGCAAUGUGAGAGCUGACUUUCUGCCCCAUGGGUGUGUGAGACAAGGGCUGGUGGGUCUCAUUCCCGCAGCAAAUGCCACAUUUUCCCCAAAUGCGUGGCCCUUCACAGGGCAGCAGGAGCAGUUUGCUUUGGUGGGGCUAUUUCUCCUUCCUCAGCACAGCUAAAACCCACCUCAGAGGAGCUCACGCAGCAGGGAGAGGACAGAUGCUCUUGGUAGAUGGGUUUAACAUGGACCUGCUUCCUUCACGCACGUGGUGGAUGAGGGGGGACCUCCGGCUGCGGCACUCUUGUUCGUGACCCACACGGGCCAGGUGGUCGGGGCUGGGAGUGCUGCCUUACAGACCUUCAAAUGUUGGCUGAUUUUUCACCUUCUGCGUCACGGGAUAGGAAAAGGAGGGGAAAGCAAUGAUCUGCAAGCAAAAAUGUUAAUUUGUAAAUAGGGAAGAGUCUGGAAGAGUUUACUGUUCUGUAGAAUAAAUUAAUUUUAUUUAAAAAAAAAAGAAGGGACUUGUUAAACAAAGGGAGAACUUGUGUUCCAGUUUUAAAAUAAAAUCACUUAUAAAAAGGA